AUGCCGCGCGAGCCUCCGUCCGAUGACGACUCCAUCUCCAGCGAAGAGGUUCCCUCCUCCGACGAGGACUACAACCUCAUCUUCCUCCGUCGGACCAAGCCCGAAAUCUCCGACCGUAAGUCUCUUCCGCCUCAGCACGCCGGCAUCACUCACAUAACACACCCCAGGCAUGCGCUUCUGGUACGACGGCGUCUCCAAAGAAGACAUCAUCGUCCACGGCAUCACCCACGCCUACGCUGCCGACGCCCUUCCCAACCUGGCCACCUUCUUGGACCUCUUCAUCAACACCCUCACGGGCGCCGAGGCCAUCGCUGCCGGCCGUCGCAUCACCAAGCGCUGCUUGAAGUCGUUGUAUGGCGCUAUCACCCGCCUCCUCUCCGACAGUGGCACAAACGGCCUCAUCAAAUGCAGAGAGGAUGAAGAUGGAAACAACGCGGUGCUGGUCUCGGUCGCGCUGGUGGAGUGUGUCCGCAAUGGCGAGUUCAAGAUGAAGCUGCUGGACAAGGAACACCAUCUCCGCGCCGAGCAUCGCAAGCGUGGCCGCGUCUCCUUUGUCAUCGAGCCUGACGCUCAAGCUCUUCCGGUAAGCAUCUUCUCGGCCUUUUGAGAACCGGACAUCAUCUCAGAAACAAGAGCGAGUGCUAACGAGUUGGGGUCAGAACUCGGGCAAAGCCUUCGUGGACACCGUCAUGGACUUCCUCGUCCGCCGCGAAGCCUUCACCGGCCAGCGACCCACCCUCGAUGACCUUCUCAAGCCUUGCAGUGGCGGCGGGGGUGGCAGCCGAGCCCGCGUCAACGUCUCCAACGCCCGCUUCUCCAGCCAAAUUGUCCCCCUGACCGAAGCUGACGCCCUCGCGCUGGAGCAGCAGAAGAAAGCAUGGUCCGUCUUUGUCGAAUUCAUCAAGAAGGGUCUCGCGCAGUAUCGUGCCUCGAACCCCGACGACCUCUCCUGGCCGCCGGCUCUCCUGACGCAUUGGGAGUGGAAUCACGAGAGCUUUGCCUUUGACGAGAAGAAUGACUAUGCCGGAUGGUAUGUUGCCCUGGUCCUCGCUUGCUCUUGCCUCGUUGACUGCGUUCGAACUGAUGCCAACUUCGCACAGGGCUGUCGAUAGUCUCGCCGCCAUGCUCGAUUCUUGGUAA